AUAGCUCUCUCGGCCUCUCUCGAUUCUUCGGCUGGCGACCUUUCUCGCCUCUCCUUCUUCUUCUGCUCCUUCCAUUCUCAGAUUCCCAAUGGCGGCCACGAUCGCCUUCAGCGCCGUCGGAGCUCCGGCCCGCCUCUCCCGCCGAUUCUCUCACCCGAGCCCGCUUCUCGCCGGACUCCGCCUCCGUCAGUCCGUCCCGGCGCGUUACUCGAGCUCAGUAUCUUCAUCCUCUGGCUCAGGAAUUAGGGCUCAGUCUGUGGCGGUGGAGCCAGUGAGUCCGGCGACAGCUCCGAAAGUGGAGGCUCCGGUGGUUAUUGUGACCGGAGCUUCUAGAGGAAUCGGGAAGGCGGUUGCUCUCGCUCUAGGGAAAUCGGGUUGUAAGGUGCUUGUAAACUAUGCAAGGUCAUCUAAGGAAGCCGAACAAGUUUCCAAGGAGAUUGAGGAAUUUGGCGGUCAAGCUCUGACGUUUGGGGGUGAUGUUUCAAAGGAAGAAGAUGUAGCGGCUAUGAUCAAAACUGUGGUUGAUGCAUGGGGAACAGUCGAUGUCUUGGUUAAUAAUGCAGGAAUAACACGGGAUGGCUUGUUGAUGAGAAUGAAAAAAUCCCAAUGGCAGGAGGUUAUUGAUUUGAAUCUAACAGGUGUAUUCUUAUGCACACAGGCUGCAGCCAAAGUCAUGAUGAAACAGAGAAAGGGAAGAAUUAUCAAUAUAGCAUCUGUUGUUGGUCUUGUUGGCAAUGUUGGACAAGCCAACUACAGUGCUGCAAAAGCAGGGGUGAUUGGCUUCACGAAGAGUGUUGCAAAGGAAUAUUCAAGCAGGAACAUCAAUGUCAAUGCUGUAGCUCCUGGGUUUAUUGCAUCUGAUAUGACUGCCAAGCUUGGAGAAGACAUAGAGAAGAAAAUCCUUGGGUCGAUCCCCUUAGGGCGUUAUGGUCAACCUGAAGAAGUUGCUGGAUUGGUGGAAUUCUUGGCUCUUAAUCCUGCUGCCGGUUAUAUUACUGGACAGGUGUUGACAAUUGAUGGAGGAAUGGUGAUGUGAGAGCCCAGUCUGGCACCCAUAGGACUGAAUGAACAUUUUUAUAUGAUAGUGAGUUUAAGAUAAAAGAGCUUUCGUGUAAAUUCCAGUUUUUGCCAGUAACUUGAAACAAAGUAGAAAGAGUACUGUAGUUUUUCUUUUGGUUUUGUUAAGGGCUGUUGAUAUUUUCUCUCAUUAUGAACCGGCGCAAAUGAACAGAAACUAAUAGAU